GGGGGGCGGGGGUUUGUUACCGAGGACCAGCCUGAAGUCGGUGUCUGUUGAACGCGAAUGAUGAAACUGUCGUUACUGGGUCAUGAUAGAUUGUCAUGAAAAUACUGAUGGCUUGAGUAGUUGAUUCACUGAAUAAUAGCAACAGUGCCAAAGUGAUUCACCAUGAGUACUGCUAAUGGUGACAUUUGUCCAGAGGAACAAGACCCUCCUUUAAACCCUUUAUGCUUUGAGUGUGGAGAACAGCACUGGACAAGGGAAAACCAUCUGUACAACUAUCAGCAUGAAGUGGAUGAUGAUCUGGUUUGCCACAUCUGUCUUCAGCCCCUGUUACAGCCACUGGACACCCCCUGUGGCCACACAUUCUGCUAUAAGUGCCUGCAGAAUUUUUUGCAAGAAAAGGACUUCUGUCCCUUGGAUCGCAAAAGGCUUCACUUUAAAUUGUGCAAGAAGUCCAGCAUUCUUGUUCACAAACUGCUGGACAAACUGCUGGUGUCCUGUCCAUUUGGAAAUCUCUGUAAGGAGGUGGUACAGCGGUGUGACCUAGAAGCACAUCUUAAACACAGGUGUUCUGGAGCCUCAAACCACAGAGCUGCUUUAGAGAGACGUAGGUAUUGCAGACUUCAAGCUGAGAGUGGUAAUGAUAGCAAGUCAACUGUGGCAAAUCAAGAAAGUCGGGGACUGCCAGAUACAGGCCAGUUACAGACAUCUGUGUCUGAGAUGACAACAGGGAGACAUAGCUCUGCCUCAGCAGCAUCAGUUGGUACAGAUGAACAUGGACAGGACAAUCUUGCCUUCGAUGAGGGCACUGAAGGUGAAGGUGUCACUGAAAAUGGUGUCUCGACUGUGGAUUUUCAGCCAAUCUGUGCAACAAGACAACUGAGUAACGCCUGCAUCUAUCUUCACCGAACUAACAGCACCGCAAGCUCAGAUCUCAGAGAUGAACCACAAAGUCCAGCUUCGGAGGAAGCAUUGCCAAAGCUAACCAGUGUACCCGAAGGAGAGAUCACUACUAUAGAAAUCCAUAGGCCCAGUCCAUGUACCGAAUUAGGUCUGAGUGUUGUAGGUGGAAAUGAAACUCCUUUGAUUAAUGUUGUAAUUCAAGAAGUUUACCGAGAUGGAGUCAUUGCAAAAGAUGGACGGCUUGUGUCUGGUGAUCAGUUAUUGCAGGUGAAUGGAAUUGACAUCAGCAAUGUGCCUCACAAUUAUGCUAGGUCUGUACUUUCACAGCCAUGCUCUGUCAUGCAUCUCACAGUACUAAGGGAGAGGCGAUUUGGGGGCCGAACACAUAUCCACGAUGGUAGUUCUACACGAGAAGAUGGCUUUCAUGUGACUCUACUAAAAAGGGACACAAGUGAGCAGCUUGGCAUUAAAUUAGUUCGUAGAACUGAUGAGACAGGAGUCUUCAUUCUCGACCUUUUAGAAGGAGGCUUGGCUGCUCAGGAUGGUAGGCUAUGCAGCAAUGACCGGGUGCUUGCAAUAAAUGGACAUGACCUGAAGCAUGGAACACCAGAGCUCGCGGCUCAAGUCAUCCAGGCUAGUGGAGAGAGGGUUCAUUUAAUAAUCUCCAGGACAGGAAAACAGCAACUGUCAAAUAUUAUUCGAGAAUUGGGGCCUCAUACAAACUAUCAACAUCUAUCCCUGCAACAACAUACACAGACCCAGUAUCAUACAAGAGUUGGUGUUCAUAAGGACUUUUCUCAGUGUGUCACUUGCCAAGAAAAACAGAUCACUGUAAAGAAGGAGCCUCACGAAUCUCUAGGAAUGACUGUAGCAGGAGGCCAAGGUAGCAAAAGUGGUGAACUGCCCAUCUUUGUCACCAGUGUGCAGCCACACGGAUGCCUCGGUAGAGAUGGAAGGAUCAAACGUGGAGAUGUUCUUCUGAGUAUCAACAGUAUUGACCUGACAUGUCUGAGUCACACUGAGGCAGUGGCUACCCUGAAAGCCAGUGCUGCCUCCCCAGUUGUUGUACUGAAGGCACUGGAAGUACAGACGAUAGAAGAGCAGGGCCAAGCUGCCGAUGAACACCUGAGCACAACCAGUGAGAACGAAUGUGAUGCCAGUUGGUCACCUUCAUGGGUCAUGUGGCUGGGAUUACCCAGCUACCUUCGUAGCUGCCAUGAUAUUGUCCUACGGAGGAGUAACUCAGGAAGUUGGGGAUUUAGCAUUGUUGGUGGUUUUGAAGAACAUCACAAUAAUCAGCCCUUUUUUAUCAAAACAAUUGUAAUUGGGACACCUGCUUAUUAUGAUGGAAGACUGAAAUGUGGUGACAUGAUUGUAGCAGUAAAUGGGCUGUCAACUGGAGGCAUGAGCCAUUCUGCACUUGUUCCAAUGCUGAAAGAACAACGAAACAAAGUAACUCUAACUGUUGUAUCGUGGCCUGGAAGCCUUAUUUAAACAAAUCCGAUGAAGGAUCGUACAUUGUGAAAGGAAACUGAAUUAAAAGAGUGAAGGACUCACAGGAUUUUUGUUGAUCAGUGACCAGCAGGAUAUAAAGCUAUAACCUCUUUUGUAAAGUUUUAAAAUAUUCACAUUUGCAACUCUCAUUAUGUGGUGAACAAAUUGACUCAACUGUUUUUGAAGUAACAUCUUCUUUUUCAUACAGAUGUAAUGAAAGAAAAUUAAUCAGUGUUCAAAGGUAGCAGAAAAUCCAUAUUCUGAUAUGAUCGCUUUGGAACGUCCUCCCGACAUGAAAGGCACUAUACAAAUGUAAUUUGUUGUUGCCGAUCAUUACCCACAGAUCUCAAAAGCCUUACAAAUUGGAUAAGUUUCAGACAGUUAAAGCCAGUCCACGCCUUACAGUAACUUUAAACCUCAUUACUAUAAAUAUGAGCUCCAGUAUAAAAUAAGUAUUAAAAACAUAAUUCAGCUACUGAGUGUGAAUUCAUGCCCAUCAAUCCUCAUGAUAAGCUGCUGUUUUUACGUGCACUUAAUUGUUACUUCAGCAUUUAUCGCUAUAGGAUUCAUUUCACAUUUGCUGCAGUAUGUUUUUGUUAUAGUGAAAUGGUUUGUAACAUUUGCAUCAACGGGGCAAAAGUCUAUCACACAAAAUUAGGCAUGCAAUGUGGAUAUAUUUGAUAUACACCAAAUGUACACGUGUACUAAGCCUAGUUUAAUUUAGCUGCUUUUAAGGUUCAAGCCCCAAGACCUAUUAUAAGCUGUUAAGAGUGCCUGUGUUUUAUAAGAGUUCAUAUUUAAUUGUUUGAAAUAGCUUUUUUAAAGUUUUCUUUAUUGUUUCAUUACCUCAACACAGUAGUUGACUUCAGAUAGGGUCCUGUGGGACUAAUUACGUAAACAUUGGGACUUUGUUGCCAAAAAAGUUUCAUCUAAUAAUGGAAAUUCUCUGAAAACAAAAAUCAGUAGAUUCUAUAUAAUGUAUGUUUAUAUUGGAUUAUAUUUAUGACUUUGGAAUUAUGGUUAUAAAUCUUUCAAUCGUAGUUCAGAUUCCAUAAUACAAAAAUACAUGAACGGCUGGAUCUUCAUUGUAGCCGCCACUUUUAGCUAGGUUGAAAUUAAAAUGUUGCGAAAAAGGUAAUUUUUAAAAUAAAAUGUAAUUAAUGCAACAUCUGCACUAAUGAAAGUGAUCAACAUUCUCUUCUUUGGGCACAUUAAGAUGUGCAUAAAUUCCAAACCAUGAAUCAUCCUUUGCAUUUAGUUGUCCGACACAACUGUGAAUGUGGAUUCAGGAAAACACUUAUAUGUAUUAAAUGGUAAGAAUAUUCCUUUGUAACACAGUUUAUGUACACUUUCUUUGUGACUGAAUGAGUCUGGAAGAAAUACAACACAAACCUACAUAGCACUGUACACAGGAAAAAAUUGUAGUCAUUAUGAGUAUUCCAAUAGUGUUCACUUUUGUACAGAUUAAUAACUGUGUAAUAUGAGUCUAGAAAGAACAGACAUACUGUAGGUUCCUUCAAUUUAUGACCUGCAGUGAAGUGUAAACUGACACAAACUUAAUUUGCUUCAAUUAGUACAUUUUAAUAAAGAUUAGUAAGGUUAUACAUAUCAAGGUUAUAGGUUUCAUAUAAUCAAAUUAAUGCUUACAGCAAGUUGGUACAGUUCACUACAAUGAGUUGCUCAGACCAAUACAGUAACUUUGAUAGAGGAAUUGACUUGUUAACAUGCAUCUAUCCAUGUUGAUUGUAGUAUAUGCCUCUUUCUUCGAGAUUGGUUGUGGUUAGCUACUCCACUCUUCCGAUUUAACCCCAAAAUCUCUUGUUCUUAACAUCUUUUGGUAAUUUUUGCCAGUCUGUUCAAUGUGUUGUUAAAAACACCAGCUGCAAACUAAGGACAAAUUUUAUCUUCCAUGCUAAAGAAAAUCUUUGUUCUUUAUUCUUCCACCUGUCCUGGCAGCCAUGUAUUUGCAUCAUAUAGUCGGUCAUCUUUUAUGAAGCAAACAAUUUCAUAAGUCUUUGUGAUUUGGGCAACUUUCUUGGAUUGCUUACAAUACUCAGUGUUCCCAUAUUUAAGUAAUGCAGUAAUUCCCAUAUUUAAGUAAUACAGUAAUUCACAAUUAAUGUCACAGCAGAACUGAUUCCUUUCAGAAUACAAUCGAGUUUUGAGAUCAUCUUUAAUGGUUUGCAAUUAAUUGAUGAACUGAAUUUUCAAAGAAAGUAAUUGUAAUGUAAAUGGUCUGUUAUUUAAUUGAGCUGCCAAUGCAUAUUUAAAGGUAGAAAUGAAAGAUGAAUUUUCAACAUUUGCCUACCCAUAAUGUAAGUAUCAAGUACACAAUACCAUACAGUGUUUAAACAGAAAUAAAAUUGUGUUCAGAAUUGUCUGGAUUUAAGAAAAACUUAGGCUAUUUAAGGUUCUCUAUUGUGAGCCAGAAAUUCUUGAGUUUAUAAAAAGGUCAGUUUACCUUGUCUCAGUUAAAGGACACUUGGAAGGGCUCGGGAGAAUUGCAUAGCUGUAAAUGCACAAGUAACAGUAAAUAUUCAACCGCUGAGAGAAUGGUCAUGGUAUAUCACAGAGAUGAGAAGCCGGCCCAGGAGCAAAGAGGGCUUGUUAUUUUUAGUCAGCCAGUGUUUUGACACAAGCAGAAAGCCAUCACCAUGCUUAAUAGUAUCCAAACCAGAUUGUGAUUUCCACAUGCCACCUACCCAAGGAAAUUCCUACAUAUGGAAUAUGCAUUCUCUCUUUAGAGGGACGCUCUUGCUUACCUUAUUCUGGAGAGGUAUUCGGCACAGAAGCCAAGGCUUGGGGACCGCAGAGUGCUUUGUGCUACUGCUGGAGUUUAACCAGCUUAUGCAGCAAAGCUUGCUAUUGUGAGCCACACAACUCUCAGUAGGUGUUACUCCAGGCAGCUACUGCAUGAGCUACCUGAACAUGACAGAGAAGCAAUGUAUGAGAAAGCAAAGGUUCACCUGGGAAACUACAACUAAUGUAUGCCAUCUGCUGCCUGAGGACCUGCAGAGAUUAUUUUAAAUGUCUGUAUAUUAAUUAAAUGGCUAUAUAUAGUCACAGAAUGGUUAUUUCACAUUCCUAUUUAAUUUUGCUGCAUACUGUAUUUCCUUUGGGGUUUUUUUGCACAAUCCAUCCUUUAAUAAAUAAUGAGACAAAGA